AGAAAAGCUGCAAGCUCCUCAAAUAUUUCGAGAUUGGGCAGAAUAAAGUAGAAGCUACAGCAGCCGGACUUCUCUACAAACUGCCAUUAGGGUCCAUUUUGCCAAAUCCGAUAUUCAUCUGCAUUCGUAUAAUCCAAUUGAUUCUGCAAUGCGGUAAAAUUGAGUCUCGAACGACUUCCCCUGCGAGAAUCGACGUGGCUGCGCCUACAGUCUCUUGAUGCCACAUCACGCUCGACCGGGCUCGAUUUUGUAUCGUGCUCUACAAGCUCACGGCGGCACUCGCAGCAAUGGAUUGAUUUUGGUCGCGGAUUUUCUCGUCCCCUCGUUAUCGUCGCGCUGCUUGUCGAGCCAAUUUCGGAGCUGGUCGUCCUCGCCAAGCAGUCGUUAUGCCUCUACAAUUUCUCCCUCCGUUCCAUCGCCGGUAGGAACUGAGGCGUUCAAUGUUAUCCUUGGUGGGAUCGUCGAUCUUCAUGGGAGUAAAGAAGGCAAGCGACUGUACGAUAUCUGGUGUCAGGAAUCAGAAGGCACGAUAUCCAGGGCAAACAAACCUUCCAGGCGGUUAAGGGCUGAGACAGAUGAGAAAAGUUGGAGUAAUGAUGAGAAUCCUCUGUCUUCCGGCACUGUACCCUUGAGGCGGGGUCUCGAAUCUUCCUCUGGAAAUUCCAAGCAGAACAUUCGAAUCGGACCUCCUGGCAGUAAUGCUCUGCGGCCUCCAGAUGAGUCUCUUCAUGAUCCAGAAGCAUGGGCCGCCCUUGUAGAUCCCUUUCUCCCGCACACCCUGCGAUCAAACUCCUCCCAAGAACAGCUUGCCGAGCAGGUCCCACAGGGUUCCCGACAGGCAUUGGUCACGAUUCUGUCUUUGGCUCGUCGGCAGUAUGAUAUCGAUAUACUGGCACAUAUGGGCUGCAAUCAAGGCCGUUGGCAAGCUGUUCUAUGGAUCAUUACCAAAUGGGUCAACCGGUCCGCUCCCGGGAAGGAACUCAUUUCCAGGGAAAUUCUGCGCAAUGCCGCAACCUUGCCGCAAAAUCAAGGCUUAAAUGAAUUGACUGCAUCCCCUACAUCAAUGGAGGCUCGAAAGGUCACUGCGAGAUCGCAGCUGCGGUCGUUUGACGGAAUUACAGAACAUGACCCAGCAUAUAUAAAGGUUGGCAAGUCGAAAACAUAUCGCGAUUUACUCGCGGAAUUCUGGCAGAGCAUAGGCCACUUUAUAAUCAUUUCUGGAAACCAAUCCGAGCAGGAAGCACAACGGAUCCUCUCAUUCGUUCGCCAGAUUCUGGCCCAUUUUCACCACGUUGGUGUCGUUUCAAAUUCUAUAUACAGAUAUAUACCCGAGGCAGAGCUGCCCGUAUUGCACAAACCGCCGACAUUGCACCUUCUCUCUUCCCGGAUUUUGGCUUCGUUGUCGGAUGCCUCUUGGAGAGCUCGAGAGGAAGAAGUCCUUGCAGAGGCCAAAACGGUUGGUGCAGAAUCAAAUUACAAAGGCUAUCAACUACCGAGCGCAAGGUAUAAGCUCAAAGUCAGAGAAAUCGGGCCUGAAGUUUGGAUGGAAUUCGUGCUAUGGUCCUGCGUAGAGGAUCGUCUUAUAGGGGCCAGUGCUUGGCUCUUGAAAAAGAUGAGUGGAUCAGAGGCCAUUGGUGGGCGGGCCUGGGCUGUCGUCAAUUGGGAGACGAUUCAGCGAUCCGUCAGAGAUAAGACUGGACAUGCCAAGAUUGACUGGGCGCGAGUAGAGGCCGGCCGAGAUAUAGCAACUGGAAGCGUCGAAGCGUAUAGUCGACUGCCUCCAGUUGUUGACAUGGGCGAGCGCACGGUCAGCAGCGAGGUGGUCGAAGCUGUUAUUGACGGCUUGGUAGAGACUGCCAUGACUGAUAACGGGACUAGCCCUGGUUCCAUCACUGCGACAAUCGAAAAUAUAUCUCUCUUGCAGCAUUUACUGGAGCGGGAUGGGUUCGGCUUCAGCGUCGAUUUAUGGCACAUGGCUCUUCUCCGGGUACUAGACACCGAAAUGAAGCCAUUCGAUCUCAAUAUGCAACUUUUGGAGUCUAUUAUUUCCUUGGUCCCCGUUUUUUGCUUCAAGGAGCAUCCGCCUGCCAAUCUAGAGCCGGAUCAUCCUGAUAAUUUAUUCGAACUAUCUGCUGCGACUAUCGGUUUGUGCGAUCGGGCUCUGCGUAGCAUGAUCAAAUCUGGACAGAUUCAAGCAGCAACUCGUCUUUUCCGCCGCUUACACUCACUCACCCGUGACAAACAACCGGAAACCCUUGCCGGCGAACUGGAUGGAAACAACUCAACAAGCGACGUUGACACGACUCAUCCAGACGCUGCUGGUCAUGACCAGGUUCAAAGGAACACACCAUUGUACCAGAAUCAACUUUCUCCUUCACUAUUAGCUUCAUUUCUCGACUUGAUCACCGAGUCCAAAUGCUUCAACCUCGGCCGUCAACUCCUCCUCGGCGACGGCAAAUCAGAACCGGUCAUUCCCACAGCUCUGUACUCUCAUGAAGCCCUUACACCUGCGCUUCUCCGAUUCGCCGCCGCGACCGCAGACUCCUCCCUCCUCGCAGAAGUCGCAAAGUCACUCUCUCCUCCACUUCCCGAUCAUUUCCUUCGAGCACUCCUCCGCUGCCAGGUGUCACUCACAAACUGGCCUAACGCGGAAGAACUCAUGGACUACUGCCAACAUGUACACCGGGUCAAAUGGAUGGCCGGCGAUGCUUCAAUCCUAGCAGAGGCCGUGCUGCAACAGCAACGUCUGCUCACCAUUGCCGCCACUCCAGCUCAACGCACUCAGCAGCAGAUAUCGCUACAUCGCGCAAAGUCGCUGUUGCAGAAACUGCUCUCGGAAGAGUACGGUCCCUUCAAGGGCGCCGUCAAUGGCCGCACCAGCAGAGACUACACUGGCAUUAUCGACGUCCUCAAAACCACGGGUCCUCCCUUGGAAAAGCUAUGCCCGAAUCUGCUUUCCCAGCACACCCAGAUCAAGCCCUGGUCAAACGACAGCUACGCGACAGCUCUCCCGGAAGGAUGGUCGCCCGUGGUGCCGAACCUGACCUCAGUGCGUGCGAUAAUGCGCGGAGCCCUCCAGGAACGGCGACAAGAAUUGUUCGAUGCCGAAAGCCCUCCAGAUCGAGCGGCCAAAGUGGGCAUUAUGGGAUUGCACCUCUACGACAAUGACGCGGAACAUCAUGCGCUCUUUUCACCUAACCAGUCGCCCCCGUCUGUAGAGGCUGCUUCCAUCUUAGACUGGGGUGUCGACAUGUAUAAGAAUUUUGGUGUCUCAGAGGCAGAUAUUGAUCGUGAAUUGGACGGCUACAUGACCGCUAGCAAGGCCUGGGCUGCUGCUUCUGCCUCUGCUACAACCGCGUAGUUUUGAAAGCCUGGAUUAUUAGAUACCCAUUGUAAUGCGCGCUGUUUGCCUUGUUUGUUAUUAUUUUGUUUGCUCCCU